AUGCCUCGACAUUCGAAAAACAAUACUGCACUAGCAUUCUUCACUAGUGCAGAGAGAUCCAAACUCACCUAUGGUACUCAAAAGCAGCGAUUAGGGAGAGACAGUAUGAGAGACUACGAUGCCUGUCUAUUGUGCUUGCGUGCAGCUGUGCAGCCAGUGUGUUGUGCAAAAGGCCAUUUGUAUUGCAAGGAAUGUAUAUUUGAAAGCAUCCUUGCUCAAAAAAAACAAAUACUUCGUCAAUCUAAAGACAUAAAAAACUUUGAGCAGUCCAUUGAAGCUGAGCAUGCUAGUAAAGCAGAGGAAACUCAAAAAAAGCAAAUUGAAGACUUCAAGAACUUGGAAACACACUCAACGUCUGUCCAGAAAAAAAAUGGCAAUGCCGACAUACCUACGCCAGGUCUUUCCAAUUUUUGGCUGGCAAGUCCAAGUUUUAAUUUAACUGCUACUCCGUCACUUACCCCUGAAGCUGCUCCAAGUGCCCCAAAAGCAGACAAGGUUGAGCCGCAAUGCAGCGCCGCAUCUGAACCUCAUUCUAUCAGCCUCAAAAAGCUUAUCCCUGUGGUUUUCGCGCAAUCCUCAACCUCGGCUGGCUUAGAAAAAAAGCUUGAACGACCUGGAAAGCAUUGUCCCUGUUGUCUUACUACAUUUAGGAAUGGUGUAAAAAUUGUCGGUGAGUCCAUCAUGUAUAUUGCUUGCAAUGUAAAGACCAAAGGACCAUGUUUCAUCAAAUUUACAAAGUCUUCGUGCAAAUGCGUCGUGUGUGAUGUAAAAUGCAAGGAACGUGAUGUCAUUGAUUUAGAUAUUGAAGGAACUGGCUUUUCCAGUGGUGGCCAGGCGGAAGCUAGCAGAGGUGGUCCUGCUUUUCAGUAA